GUGAUUUAAAAUUAAAAUAUAAAAAUAAAUAUCGACAUCAUAUUAAAAGAAUAACACUGACAAUAUGGUGAAACAAUAUAAUACCAUGCAUGAACAUAAUUACUUUCGUGAUAAUAAAAAAAAAAAUUGUCGAUGGGCUGAUAAAAAAGUAAAUCAUACUGUGAAAAUAACUAAUGAUGAUUGCAAUUCUACAUUAGAUUGCUACAUAAAAAUAAGUUCAAGUGAUGAAGAGGAAGAUAUAAAUCAUAUGCCUCUUUCUCGUUUAUUAAAAAUAGAAGUUGAAAAAGACUUAUUGAAAGAGUGCAAAAAUAAAAAAUCCUUAGAAGACCAACUAUAUGAUAAAUUAAUUAAGGAAAAUAAUCAAGAUAUGUUAAAUAUUUCUAAUAAUUCCAAUAAUAUAAUAAGUGAAAAUCAUCCAAUCAACAAUGGAGAACAAAGUAAAACUGCACAAAUUGUUCCAUUAACUAAUGAUUCAACAAUUAUAAAAAAUCAAAAUAUUACAAAUGUGAAUAAAAAAGCAAGAAUUGAUCAUUACAAUAGUAAUUAUCAAGGUGUGAACUUUUCAUUAGAUACAAUUAAUCCAAAAGUCAAGAAAGAGAAUGUUAAUGUUACGAAAACAUCUGCAAACAUUGGCGGUGAAAGCCAAGGUAAAGAUUUAAAAACAGAAUUUGUAUGGCAUGAGGAAGAACUAAAUCAGACUGAACAGAUAAAAAAUGAAUAUGAUGAAUCAGAUUCUACAAUAGAUUGGUACAGAGACUUAUAUUCGAGUGAUGAUGAUGAAGAGGAAGAUAUAAAACAUAAUAUGCCUCUCUCUCAAUUACUAAAAAUAGAACUUGAAAAAGACUUGUUCAAAGAGUUAAGAUUCAGUUAACACGUUAACGGCCACGGCAUAAUUUAAUUAACAUAUUAUUAUUAUUAUUAUUAGUAGUAGUAGUAGUUACAACUUAUAAAUUAGUCUUUAAAUUAUUUAAUUUACAUGU